AUGUUCCCAUCGCAGAUAUUCAUCCCGGCCAUCCGCUCGCCGCAGCAUGCCAGCAUAAUGCGCCGGGCAGCGGCGGCCAUGGAGGAGGGCGGCCCCCCACCACCCCUGGGGGCGGGCAUGCAGCGCAUAGAGCCGUGUGUGCUCUACGUGCGCUGCACCAUGUCCCCCGCCCUCUACAAGCAGGUGGUGGCUCUGGAGCGAGUGAGAGGCUUUGUAGGGGAGGUGGUGGGCAAGGGCAAGUACGGCAACAUGCUGCCGCGUGCCAUCCCGCUGGUGGAGCUGGCCGCCGUGGUGGAGCUCGUGAGGGGCAAGCAGGCCGACGCUGACCGCCACGCGCACGAUGCGGAGAGGCUCGCUGCCGCUGCGCAG